AUGCGAAGGCAGAAACUUGAAUUACUCAGCGAGAUCAAAGUGGAUUCAGGACAGUGCUUGAAUAUCAGUGGUCCUGGUCAGUCAACAGCUGAGUGGGGAGUAAAUUUAGGGAGUGUAGUCAGCAUCAGUCACAUUAACAUCUUCUACAGAACGGAUAAUACACCGAGUCCUGGUGCUUAUUAUGAUCGCUUUGCUGGAUUUUUUGUGUACGUUUCUAAUACCACAAGAAGGGAGGACGGCCAUCUUUGUUUCCAUGAGUUACAACAAGUGAACGGUACACCGACAGAGAACCAGACAAUUAGCUGUCCUGUACAUGGACGUUAUGUUAUAUACUACAACGAACGAGGAAGACAGGGUGUUACAUAUCCAAGUUACUAUUCUACAUAUGCAUAUAACGAACUAUGUGAAUUGGAAGUUAUUGGAUGUUCUAAUCCAACCUUCUAUGGAGUGAACUGUGAUCAGCAAUGUUCAGAGAACUGUCAGGAACGAAGAUGUAUCAUCACAACAGGAGAAUGUCUGGGUUGUAUACCGGGGUAUCAAGGACCAAAGUGUAAUCAAGUAUGUGACAAUCAGAGAUACGGUCUGGAGUGUUCCUUUCCAUGUGGUAACUGUAGUGACGGGGUGACCUGUUACCAUGUCAACGGCACGUGUCUGAACGGAUGUGACGUAGGAGUGGAGGGCGAUAAAUGUCAGACUGAGUGUCUACCUGGACGAUACGGUAAAGACUGCAGAGAAAGAUGUAGCGAGAAUUGCUUACGUCAAGACCAGUGUAACAGAUUUAACGGUGAAUGUUACGGCGGCUGUCAAAUCGGAUGGAAGCUUCCUAACUGCCAGAAGGAGUGUGAUGGAGGCCUGUACGGUGUAAACUGUAGUCAGAGCUGUGGUCAGUGUACGGGGGAUCAGCAGUGUCAUCACAUCAACGGCACGUGUCUGAAUGGUUGCUCUCCGGGAUACCUCGGGGAUCUCUGUAUAAAUACAUGUGACGACGGACGAUGGGGACAGAACUGUCUUCAAAACUGCAGUACAAACUGUGUCAAUGAAACGUGUGUACCUGAGACGGGAAGAUGCUAUCAAUCAAAGUUUCUGGGACAACCUGAUGACAAAUCUUCGUCAACACUUCCGGUCAUAGCUGGAAUUUUCUCUGCUCUCUUCAUUAUCAUCAUCACUAUUGUCAUUUUUCUUGUGAUAAAAAGAAUAAGAGCUGAAAAAGAUAGAAAACGGGGAUAUUCACAAAAAUCAGAUCAAAGGAAAAUGAUAAGGAAUAAAGCCUCUAACUCAAACAAUAUGGAAUUCACCAACAUAUAUGCAAACGUAGAAGAGGAAAGUGAAAAUAAACAGAAGCCACCUGUUCAAAAAGGCAAAAUAAAAACGAAUAAAUCAGACAAGAACAACGAUAAAAAUGACGAUAUCGACAUCGAUGAAAAAGUACACGAGGAAAAUCCUUAUGGAGACCUGUAUCUCAAUGAAGAAGAGCUCAUUCCUGACAUUGCCAUAGAUCGUCUGGAUACAGUUAUAAAGGAAAAACAGAGAGAGGACAAUGACGGCUUCAAGAGGGAGUAUGCUAAUAUUCACACCUUUUCUGUAUUCAAUUUAAAAAAUAAAAUAUUUUUCAGGGAAUUUGAUGAAAGAAAUUCAUAUAUAGCAUCUCAAAGUCCUAAACAGAGCACACUGACAGACUUCUGGGCAAUGAUAUGGCAGGAGAACGUGUCACAAAUCGUUAUGCUGACCAACCUCAAAGAAGGAAACAAGACUAAGUGUGUGCAAUAUUGGCCAGAACUGAACAAGGUUCUUUCCUCAGGGGAGUUUUCUAUAAGUAAUAAAGAAGAGAAGAUCUACGCAUUUUAUGUAAUCAGAAGAUUAAAAGUAACUCAUAAAAAUAAGACAAGUUUUGUAACUCAGUACCACUACACGGCCUGGCCGGAUCACGGCGUACCCGAACCGCUCUGCCUUGUAGUAUUCCAUGAUCACGUGACAAGGACAAGGAAUAAACAAAAUCAUUGUCCAGUAUUAGUUCACUGCAGUGCGGGGAUAGGUCGCACUGGGACAUACCUAGCUAUAGACGCCCUGUAUAAGACAGGUCAAACAGAGAGGAAAAUCAACAUCGCAGAGUACGUCAAGAGAAUGAGGGAAAACAGGAUGAAUAUGGUCCAAACUUACGAACAAUAUAUAACCAUAUUUCUGGCUCUCAAUCACAUGUUUAAGGCGUGUUCCUCUGUCCUUAAGAAAUCAGACUUUAUAAGGAAAGUGGAAUCAAUGACGAGUGAUAAACCAGCCAAUCAGAGUGAUCUUAGGAGAGAGUUUCAGUCUCUGCUGAAAGUCAGGCCCACCUAUACAGAAGAAGAUUAUAAACUUGCCAUUCAGGCAGGGCAUGGGAAAAGAUCGUCUAUUCUUCCACUUGAUAAGUACAGUUUAUUCCUGUCUUCAAAUGUACCGAAGCGUGGAGGUUUUAUAAACGCAGUUACACUUUCCUCAUAUGUGAACAAUAAAGCCUUCAUUGUGACGCACUAUCCUCCAGCAGGGGACGCUGUAGAUUUCCUGCGCCUGCUCACUGACCACGAAUCAGAUGUUGUCGUUUGUAUGGAUCCUUUACCUCAAGUAGAAUCGAGCAAAAAGUGGAUGCCAGGUACAGAUGAAUCUAAAAUUGUGGCCCCAUUUACCGUUCAUUGUCAAAAGAAGAGUUCAGAUAUCGAUGGUGUAAAGUGCUCUACUAUUCAAAUCUUUCAAGAAGAACAAAGUGAUGAAGCCUACACGGUUUCUGUUUCCGAACCUAAGUUCAGUUUGCUGUCAACGAAUCAUGGGACAUCACAUCUAGUAAAGCUUGUGUCCUUUGUAAUGGACAAUGAAACCCAGGGACCUAUUACUGUCAUCAGCAGUGAUGGCGCAGUCCUAUGUGGUGUAUUCUGUGCUGUUUACAACGUAAUACAACAGUUGUCUGUAGAUGGUGAGGUGGACAUUUUCUCUGCUGUACGACAGCUUCAGAUCAGACGUCCAGAGUUAUGUUCCUCUCUGGAGGAAUACAGAAUGAUCCAUACAGCUGUGUUGGAGUACAUCCGGUUACAACAGGACCAAACUGAAGAGAAUAUCUACUCUAAUGAGUGAAAAUGACCUUAAAGAGACAUUUGAGAGCAAAAUGUCGAUUAAUAAGAAGAAACUGUGCCCUUUUGUAUGGGUGUAAAAAUACUGGAUACUUUUCUUCCUAUUUAUAACUUUAUUUACGUUGAUCGAGAUAAAGGAGGUUGUUUAGAAAAUUAAACAUGAAAUAUGUUUUAAACAUUUUAAGAGAGAAUCAUACUAGUAUUUAAGUAAAGUUAUCUCAUAUGUAAUAAAGCAUAAUAAAUCUAAAGAAUUUUACUGAAGUUUAUGUAUUGGGUCACAGACCAAUUUAUAUCGCAGAUAUUUUUAUUUCAGGUCGAACUUAAUUAUCCUCUCUGGAAAUUUUUAUAGUAAAAAUUGAGGUCAUUAACUCCAAUUAUGUUAAACGGAAUGAAAUGUUUUCUUGUUAAAAACUUUUUUACGGACUUUCGCAUCAUAAGCUUCUCAAAUAAGUAAAUUACUGCUUAAAUCUUUGUGACAACCUUUUUAUGUAACAUAAUAUGCUCUUUGAUUAGCAUUAUAAAAUGUUUUUUAUUAGUGUUUAGUGCUUUAGGCAGUGUCAAACAACACAAGAUUUUAGUGAAUUAUUACACCAGCAAGUAUUCAUUUAUUGAUUUCAGUUGAGAGGAAAGCUCAUUUAAAAUUUUCUCAUUGGAGUUUUCAUUCCUGUUUGCAAUCAUCUGCCUGUUAACAUCU